AUGGCGCGUAUGUGGGUGUAUGUGGCAGUGGUGGUGCUGGGCGUGGCGGCGGCGGCGGCGGGUGGCGGCGGACAGGGGGGCGAGGGCGGGAGGCCCUGCCCCUGCCGCCCCCUCCGGCUUCUUGGGCAUGAGGGCAAGAAGGAGGCCCCUCAUCCCCAUGCAGGCUGGCCCUGCCCCUCCGAUGAUAUGAUGCCCGGCUUGUACCAGCUGGACAUGCCUCUGCGCGGUAAGAAGACGCCCUCUGGAUGCCUGGGCAUGCGGGGGAAGAAGAGUGAGGACGAGGAAGACGAUAUGGACGAGGAAGAGGAGGAGGCUGUAUAUGGACGCCCCGCCCUCGACUCAGACUUCAACUUCCUCCUCAAACGGGCUCCCUCCGGCUUCCUGGGCAUGAGGGGCAAGAAAGCGCCUUCAGUGUAG